CUUCGUCUUCUGCUCCUGUGCUGGACAAAGGAUGACAUCAGCACAGCUUCACUGAGAAACACUCACAUUCAUCUUCCUCAUGCAGAUCCUCUCAUGGGUUCUUUUGGAAGAAGAGCACUCAUGAAAAGCACUGGUGAACGCUUCACGCUUGCAUGAGGCAACUGAGAUGCUCUUUCAGCAUCUGAACCUUUAGCAGCUGCCACUGGAGAGAGAGGAGGAAGAGGAAGAGGAAGAGGAAGAGGGGGAGGGGAGCCGAGCCGCAGAGAGAGAGAGAGAAGCAGAAUUCCAGAAGCACCUGUUCCUCUAAUAUGAUCAUGGAUAUUAACAUCCAGUCUCAUCGCUUCUACUUCCCGCAGAUCUACUGCGACCCCGGCGCGCCGCUCGCUGACGUCAAGGUCAGCGAGCAGAGCAUCUGUCAGGCCCGCGCCUCUGUCAUGGUCUAUGACGACACCAGCAAGAAAUGGGUGCCGAUCAAACCGGGUCAGCAGGGCUUCAGUCGAAUCAACAUCUACCACAACACCAGCAGCAGCAGCUUCCGCGUGGUGGGAGUCAAACUGCAGGACCAGCAGGUGGUCAUCAACUACUCCAUCGUGAAGGGUCUGAAGUAUAACCAGGCCACACCCACCUUCCACCAGUGGCGUGACGCGCGGCAGGUGUACGGACUCAACUUCGCCAGUAAAGAGGAGGCCACCACCUUCUCCAACGCCAUGCUGUUCGCCCUCAACGUGCUCAGCAGCCAGGAGCCAGGUCCAGCUGUUCAGCGUCAAGUCCAGAAUGGGCCGGGUUCAGAAGAACUGGAGGUCCAGAGACGGCAAAUGGAAAUGCAGCAGCAGCAGAUGAACAUUGAGCGAGAGAGACGGUCGUCUAACUCAGGUUCUCCGUUUCAGGGUCACCCCGCGGUGCUGUCUGUAGCUCCUCCCAUCGUGGCUCCGCCUCCUCUGUCGAUGGGCGGUCCCUGUCCUCCUCCCCCUCCCCCGCCCGGGCCGCCACCCCCCUCCGCUGGAGCUCCGCCCCCUCCACCACCUCCUCUGCCUGUGGGUGGAUACGGAGGAAACGCCCAGGACGAUAGCCACGCCCCCACGGGUCUCGCAGCCAUGAUCGCCGGAGCCAAACUGCGGCGUGUGCAACGGCCGGAGGAGAACUCUGCGUCCGCAGCCAAGAGCGAAGCCAACCGCAGCAGCGGAGGAAGCGGAGGACUGAUGGAGGAGAUGAACGCGCUGCUCGCACGCAGGAGGAAAGCAGCAGACGAGAAGAAGGAUGGAGAAAACCAAAGUGAUGAUCCCGGAGUGAAGAAGCCGUGGGACCGAGCCAACUCCGCCGAGAGAUCAUCUCUGGUGUCCAGGGUUCGAGCCGUGGGCAGCAUCAGUGACUCGGACGCUUUAGACUUCGACCGAAUGAAACAGGAGAUCCUGGAAGAAGUGGUUCGUGAAUUGCACAAGGUGAAGGACGAGAUCAUUGAUGCCAUUAGACAUGAACUCAGUCGAAUCAGCACCACAUAAUGUGCAUCGAACCCCUGCGGAUGCUGCUGUCGCUGACGCCAGACGUUACAGCUGUAUUAAAGCACUCGUUUUAACACGUCUGCAACGUCCAGGAGCCGCAAGAUGUGUUUCUGACACUCCUUCAUCUUGGUGACAGUCUUUUCAGAAACUGAAGAAAACAGAGCAAACAUCUGGACUCCUCAUUUGUCUGCAUUAUUAUUAUUAUUAGUAUUAUUAUUAUUAUAGGUAUAGUUGUAGUAGUAGUAGUAGUAGUAGUGUUUUCAUGUAGAUAAAGGAAUUAAUAAUAAUAAUAAUAAUGAUAAUGAUGUCAUUGCACAUCUCUUCAGCAUUAGUCUUUUAUAUUUGUAUCGUUUAACUUUUCCUCAAGGUUCAUCAUGAGCACAUUCCUGUUUUUAAGAGGGUUUUUUUUAUCCUUUUUGCCAUAAUUAUGUAUUUAAUCACCAAAGGAGGUUUUUUUAAAGAUGCAUAGGCUGUUCUGAGUUAUUAUCUAAUGAACAAACAUCACACACCAGAGUAUUUGUGAUCAUGUUGUUAAUAAAAUGUUUAUUGGCUGCGA